AUGUCGUCUUACCGGCGGAGCGAAGGCGAGUCGGACGAGUCUACUCCAAUUCGGGCGGCAGAAAACCAGACGGACCGUCGCUACAACAGCACCAACGAGAGCAAUCCCCAGAGCACGGUGACAACCUCGAGUACUCCAUCACAACCCACCUCAUCAACUCUCGUGAACGCCGACGACGCUGGCCCCGAAAACGGUGAUGAGGAAGAAGGCAAGAAGAAAAGCCGGGUGACCCAGUGGUUGAAGAGCGCGUCCGAGAAAUAUGGUUCAGUCACACUAGAAAACAAAGGCUCGGUAGCUCGAGAUCAUUUGGCCUUGGAAAGGACCUUUCUGGCUUGGCUGAGGACGAGUUUAGCAUUCGCUAGCAUUGGCAUAGCAGUCACCCAGCUCUUUCGCCUUAACAGUUCUUUGUCCAAUCAAAGUCAGUCGACGUCGAGUAUUACCCAGACGAUACCCUUGUCGCCGCUCCUCGGCCAGUCCGUGCCAGCUGAACUUCUACCGUUCCUUCAACAGGUAGCCGCAUCCAUGUCGGCUCCGACGAGCCCUCCGACGCUGGGACCGACGCUCCUCGACCAGAUCCUUCUCCUGCCACCGACGGGUCUGUCACCACAUCCAGCUGGUGGCGUCGCUGCCUCGAAUGUCGAAGGGAGCGUCGAGACUGGUACCAACACCGAAACCAGCGCCGUGAGGAUGCGACAUGUGGGCAAACCGCUUGGAGCAACCUUCAUCGCGAUCUCCAUGGUCAUUCUCGCUAUUGGGUUUCACCGCUACUUCGAGUCUCAGUACUGGAUUAUCCGAGGCAAAUUUCCUGCCAGUCGCGGGAGCAUCUUUGCAGUUUCAUUCAUAACCGGCUCGCUCAUCAUCGCGAGUCUGGUCGUGGUUCUAGCAAUAGCAUCGACGCCCGUUCAGAGUAAAAGGUGA